UAAGUUCUGCAGCGCCGGACAACACGGAAGUUGGUUUUUGGACCAUGGUUUGUUUGUUAUGUGUGUUUAGAGAUGCGCGUGCUGCUGCGUACUUAACGAGGUGUUAAGACACUGCAACAUCAACUACAAUGGCUAAAGAAGUGUCAGAGCUCUCUGUCCCGGUCCCGUGGGGAGAGAUCAGAGGGAAGGUUUGGGGUCCUGAUUACGGUCGUCCUGUGCUUUGUCUGCAUGGCUGGGCUGACAACUGUGGUGCAUUCAACACCCUCAUUCCUCUUCUACCCAAAGAGUGCAGAUAUGUGGCGGUGGAUCUGGCGGGUCACGGACUGUCGUCACAUCGCCCUCCUGGAGAUUUCUACUCUUUAUCCGAGUACGUGAUGGACGUACGCAGAGUGGCUGACGCUCUGCAGCUGAGGAACUUCUCCAUCAUCGGCCACAGUAUGGGUGGUGACAUUGCUGGAAUGUUCAGUGCACUGUAUCCUGAGAUGGUGGAUGCUCUCGUGCUUCUGGACGGUUUCGGAGUCCUACCUACAAAUUCAAAAGAAAUAUCCAAAAUAGUGAGGCAGGGGAUGGAUGCGAUUCUUCAGUUUGAAAAAAAGCCAGAAGAGAAGAAGAGAGUUUAUACGUAUGGGAAGGCAGUUGAGAGGUUGUUGGCUGCAAACCCGUCUCUGUCUGAACAGUCGGUGCACAUCCUUUUAGAGCGAGGUCUGGUUCAAGUUGAAGGAGGAUUUGUGUUCUCCAGAGACCUGCGAGUUAAUUUUAAAAAUAUAAUGCGCAUCAGUUUGGAGCAGAGUCUGGAGAUGCAGUCGAGGAUUCAAGCCUCUGUUCUAGUCGUUCUAUCAGAAAAAGGCUUCAAUAGAAUAUUUUCUGAACCAGCUCAAGGAGAAUUUGCCUCAACACUUCUCCAAGGCUUAAAGAACAGACAUCACACGGUGGUGACGGUACCAGGCGGUCAUCACGUUCAUCUGAACAAGCCCGAAGUCGUGGCUCCAUUUGUGUCUGACCUCCUGCGAACCAAAGUGUUGUCCCAGUCAAACAACGGACAGCACAAGUUAUAAGAUACAAACACACUCUGUCAUUUAUUUCUUAAUGUGACAUUCCUGUUGAAACAAGUUGGUGGGACGGGACGUUUCAUGCUGAGCAAAGAGCUUUAGGUAUAUUUUUAUUUAUAAAACUUUAUUGACGAAUCAGAACGUGCCUAAGGGCAUAGGCUUUGUUUUAUAUACAUUAAGCAGCGAUAUGUGGGUCAGUCCCCAAGAAAUGUUGAGCAUCAAACAUCUAAUUUCCUUUAGUCUUGUACAUUUUUAUGCACCAAUUUGUGCCCUUUCUGCAUUAAUUUAUGGCGGAAAUGUUAUGAUACUUCCUGCCUCAACCUUGCAACGAUGCCUUAUCUUCUUUCUUCACAUUGCAACCGUUGCUUUUGAGAAACAUUCUACCGACACCUACUUUACAGGAAGCAUUGUUGUGUCUAAGUUGCGUUCUUGCAUUUUGGCGUAAUAAAAGUCCUGUUUUCAUGUUUUUAUUGGGGGACAAAUGCACAUGUUUUAAAUACUGAGGGGGACGUGUCCCCAGCGUCCCCCCCCCCCCCCCCC